GCCCAAAGCUGGAAAAGUCGGAGGGACAUAUACCAAAACAUUCACAAUUACCUCUUUAGCCGUAAAGUAAAAACUCAGAGUGAGUUCACGGCGAUUCGCUUCUCUCGAUAAUGGAAAUGCAGUCUACUCUUAAGAAAUAUUUUGGGUACACAGAGUUUCGACCUUAUCAAAAGGAAAUCAUAGAGAAGAUUUUAGAUGGAAAAGACUGUUUGGUUAUAAUGGCCACCGGCAGUGGCAAAUCAUUGUGCUAUCAGGUUCCCCCACUGAUAACUGGAAAGGCUGCUGUAGUUAUAAGUCCUCUCAUCUCUUUGAUGCAAGAUCAGGUCAUGGCAUUAAAACAUAGGGGCAUUAAAGCUGACUAUCUUUCAAGUGCUCAGACUGAUCGUGGGGUGCAGUCCAAUGCUGAGUUGGGUCACUAUGAUAUUCUCUAUAUGACUCCAGAAAAGGCUUGUGCUCUUCCUACCAGUUUCUGGUCAAGAUUGUUGAAAGCAGGGAUGUGUCUCUUGGCUGUUGAUGAAGCACACUGCAUCUCAGAAUGGGGUCACGAUUUCAGGGUUGAGUAUAAGCAGUUGGACAAGCUGCGUAAUGUUCUUUUGAAUGUUCCAUUUGUUGGCUUGACAGCAACUGCUACAGAAAAAGUUCGGAGUGACAUUAUCAACUCCUUGCUGAUGAAAGACCAUCAUGUUGCUAUUGGCUCAUUUGAUCGCAAAAAUCUUUUUUACGGAGUCAAAUCUUUUAGUCGUAGUUCUCAAUUUGUUGAUCAGCUGGUGGAGGAGAUCUCUAAAUAUGUAGAUAAUGCGAAUUCAACAAUAGUAUAUUGUACAACUGUCAAAGACACUGAAGAGAUCUUCAAAUCACUUCUUGAGGCAGGAAUCAAAGCUGGAAUCUACCAUGGUCAAAUGGCUAAUAAAGCACGUGAGGAGGCUCAUAGGUCAUUUAUCAGAGAUGAAUUCUAUGUCAUGGUUGCAACUGUUGCUUUUGGCAUGGGUAUAGAUAAACCAAACGUAAGGUAUGUGAUACACUACGGCUGUCCAAAGAGUCUGGAGUCUUACUACCAGGAAAGUGGACGAUGCGGCAGAGAUGGCGUUCCUUCAGCUUGCUGGCUUUACUACACAAGAAGUGACUUUGGAAAAGCUGAUUUCUACUCUGCAGAAGCUCGUUCAGCAUCUCAAAAAAAAGCUAUUAUGGAAGCAUUUUCUGCUGCACAACAUUACUGCAUGCUGUCAACUUGUAGAAGAAAAUAUUUGUUGGAUUACUUUGCAGAUGAGUAUGCCCAUGAUGAUUGUGGAAACUGUGAUAUUUGCACUAGCUCAAUGAAGGAAAAGGACUUGUCAAGAGAAGCAUUUCUUCUUAUGGCUUGUAUUCAGUCAUGUGGAGGCUGUUGGGGCUUGAAUCUACCCAUAGGAAUUCUUCGUGGAUCUCGAUCCAAGAAAAUUGUUGAUGCUCAGUUUGACAAGCUUCCAUUUCAUGGUCUUGGGAAAGAAUUAUCUGCAAAUUGGUGGAAGGGACUGGCUUACCAAUUGAUUUCACGUGAUUAUUUGGUAGAAACCUUCAAAGAUAUGUACAAAACUGUGAGUGUCAGUGAAAAAGGAUUGCAGUUUCUGAGAUCUAGUAACCCUGAUCAUCAACCUCCACUGUUUUUGCCGGAGACUCCUGAAAUGGAUCUUGAUGAGAAAAACAUAGAUACACCCAGUGAAACGAGUGAGAUCAAUGGUUUGGCUUUUAAGGAAUUUGAAGGAUUUUCACAAGCUGAAACUCAACUGUACAAAAUACUUAUAGAAGAGAGAAUUAAGCUUGCCAGAGCUACUGGAACUGCUCCAUAUGCAGUCUGUGGUGACCAAACAUUGAAAAGGAUAAGCUUGACAAGGCCUUCUACAAAAGCAAGACUAGCAAAUAUAGAUGGCGUAAACCAGCAUUUCAUAAAACUGUAUGGGGAUAAUUUUCUUCAAAGUAUUAAGCGUCUAUCAGAAGCUUGCAAUCUUUCUUUGGAUGGGGAUCCAACCAGUCAAACCCCUGUUCCCAGUAAGACUGUCACAGUUCCAAGCAAUAAAAAGUUAACACCAGCAAAAUUUGAAGCAUGGAAGAUGUGGCAUGAGGAUGGUCUUACGUUCAAAGAAAUUGCUAAUUUUCCCGGUAGAGCAGUAGCAAUAAAGGAACAAACUGUGCUAGAGUAUAUAUUCGAAGCUGCACGAGAGGGAUGCAAAAUGAAUUGGACCAGGUUUUGUGAAGAGACUGGGCUGAAAAGAGAGACAUUCUUAAGUAUCCAGAAUGCUGUCUCAAAAGUUGGUAGAGAAAAAUUGAAGCCCAUAAAAACCGAGUUACCAGAAGAGGUAAGUUAUGGUCAGAUAAAGGCAUACUUGACGAUGCAAGAGGCAGGAGUAUCAGCUGAAGUAUUUUCAUCCAAAUCCGAACAAAGUUGCAAUGAAGAUGAAUGUUUGACUGAAAUAUCAGAAGUACUACAGAACUCUAUUAUUCCAUCUGACAUGCAAGGAGAUGAUGACAUAGUUGAAGCACCUGGCAUCACUGGUAUAAAUGGUGCUUCUCCUCCUGGAAAGACUGAAGGAGCAGAAUCUCAUCUCCUGACUGAGGAGAUUAGGAAAGAAGCUGCAUCCAGUGAAGGUGAUUUUCUCAUUCAUAAAAAACGCCAGAGGGUCGAAGCAGCAGAAGGAGAAAGUUUUAGGGCUCUGGUUGCCACAGAAGAAUCCAUAUUGAGCUGGCUCAAGAACUUUGAUGAUGGGGUUACCCUUUCUGAUCUCUUGGAGCACUUCAAUGGGUCCACCGAGAAAUCUUUAGUGAAUCUUCUUUGUUGUCUUGAAGGUGAGUUUUUGAUAUAUAGGAAGAACAAUCUAUACAAGCUUUUGUAAACUUUCCAUGUAAUUAGACAUUAAUGGGUUCAUAUCUAUUUCUCUGGUAUUUGCCACCCCUUUCUACUCUGUUGUUUUUCGGAUAUAUGAUCCUCAGAAAAGCUUGAGUUUGUUAAAUUGGGAAAUGGUUUCUUUAUUACCUAGUAAAUUUCUAUAUAGUGGCUGGCUGGAUGAUUAAAUUCACCUGCUAACUAGUUAUCUAGUGCAGACAUGUGAUUGUUACAAGUUACAUCAAUCU